AUGGGUAAUCUUCUUAUUAUUUUCUUGAACUCUCAACCCAAUACUCAUUUUCUUCUCAGUCUAUUCAUAAUCAUUUUCUCGUUCCCCACAUUACUCAAAUCCUCAUCUGCUUCAACUCCAUUGAACUUCAGCUACCCCAUCUUUGAUUCAAACCAUCCUGAUAUUCUCACAGAAGGAAAUACUAGUGUAAGCAACGUUGGAAUUGAACUUACUAUGAACUUAAGUGACCAGAAAAAAGGAGGUAGCAUUGGUCGAGCCACAUAUAAGAAACCACUGCACCUUUGGGAUAAGGCAUCAGGAAAUCUAACCAACUUCACAACCCAUUUUUCUGUUUUUAUUGACUCAGGAACAAGAUCUUUGUAUGGAGAUGGAUUAGCGUUUUUUCUAGCUCCAAAUGGUUCAACAAUUCCUCCUGAUACAAAAUCUGGAGGUGGUCUUUGUCUUGCCAUCAAUGAUAGUCUUGCACUGGACUUUCAUGAGAAUAACUUUGUUGCUGUUGAGUUUGAUACCUAUUCGAAUCCUUGGGAUCCGUCGACUAAUCAUAUAGGUAUCAAUAUCAGGUCCAUGAAAUCUAUUACUACUGUUUCUUGGCCAAGUAAUAAAAUAGAAGGGAAAAGAACAGAUGCUUGGAUUAGCUAUGAUUCAAGCCGGAAAAUUUUGGAUGUCGAAUACACAUAUAUUGAUGGAAUUAGCAGUUCCAGAAUUAAUGGCUCCUUAUCAGCUGUAGUUGAUUUGGGUAAGUACUUACCUGAAUGGGUUACUUUUGGCUUUUCUGGUAGUACUGGAUCUUUAUAUCAGAUAAACAGAAUUACAUCAUGGGCGUUUGAUUCAAGUUCAGACAUUGUAGAUAAUUUUAGUAGCUUGAAUCUCGAGCCAGCUCCAAGUCCGGUACUUUCAGAAAGUAAAACUAUUAAUAAUGGACUUAUGGCAGGCUUGAUUGUUGGUGGAGUAGUAGUAUGUAUUUUGAUUCUUGGUGGCGGUUUCUUUUUGUUUGUUUCAAAGAGAAAACAAAGGAAACAAACGAAAACUAAUGAUCAUGUCUUUGAUGUAUCAUUUGAUGAUGAUUUCAGGAAUGGGACAGGACCAAGAAAGUUUGCUUACAAUGAAUUAGCUAAUGUGACAAAGAACUUUUCAGAGAGUGAAAAGCUUGGAGAAGGAGGAUUUGGUGCAGUUUAUAAAGGUUUCUUGAAGGAUAUGAACUCUUUUAUUGCUGUUAAGAAAGUAUCAAGUGGAUCUAAACAAGGAAUCAAAGAGUAUGCAGCAGAGGUUAAAAUUAUUAGCAGAAUGAGGCAUAGGAAUUUAGUCAAGCUUAUCGGUUGGUGCCAUGAAAAAGAACUACUGCUUGCAUAUGAGCUAAUGCCAAAUGGAAGCCUUGAUUCUCAUCUUUUUAAAGGAAAAAGCUUGUUGACAUGGGAAUUGAGGUACAAAAUAGCACAAGGAUUGGCUUUAGCAUUACUAUAUCUACACGAAGAAGGUGAUCAAUGCGUGCUUCAUAGGGAUAUUAAGUCAAGCAACAUUAUGUUAGAUUCAAAUUUUGAAGCUAAAUUGGGAGAUUUUGGGUUAGCUCGGCUUGUUGACCAUAGUAAAGGAUCUCAAACUACAAUUUUAGCAGGAACAAUGGGAUACAUGGCUCCAGAAUGUUUCACAUCAGGAAAGGCAAGUAAAGAAUCUGAUAUAUACAGUUUUGGAGUAGUUUGUUUGGAAAUAGCUUGUGGAAGAAGAGUUGUUGAACCAAGCCUUGAAGAAAACAAAACAAGAAUAGUUGAAUGGGUUUGGGAAUUGUAUGGAAUGGGAAAAAAACUUGAAGCUGCUGAUAAAAAAUUAUUUGGAAAUUUCAAUGAACAAGAAAUGGAGCGAUUGCUAAUUGUUGGAUUAUGGUGUGUGCAUCCUGAUAAAGCAUUUCGUCCUUCAAUAAGGCAGGUGAUUAAUGUGCUACUUACUUUUGACUCUCCUCUGCCUAUCCUUCCAUCAGAAAUGCCUGUUCCAGCUUAUCUUACACCUCCAAUGAAAUUGUCCAUGUCAUUCCUCAUGUCAUCCUGUGGUUCUACUACAAGCAACAAUGUGCCAAUAAGCAAUUCAAUGACAUCAUCUUCUGCAGCAUCAUCAUCUCCUUCUAUGGCACUCUUGUUAGACACGCGGUAA